UCGCUUACAAGGAACUACACCUCACAUCACAUCGCAGAUCGCACGAAUCCUUAAUUCAGAUGAGAGAGGGAGAGAGAGCCUUUGCUCAAGGAUCAAGAGCCAUGGACGCACCCAGGGGAGCGGUUGCAGUUCUAAGCGAGGCCCUGUGCCUUGCAAGCAGGAGCAAGGAGCACAUGCUUCCUUGCCUCCUGCUCGCCCUGAUCCCGAGCUCCCUCCUGCUGCUAGGCCGCCAUGUCUCCGUCUACCCUCUGCUCCUGGGCUUCAUCGCCAAGCUGCACUCGCUUGGCAGGGAGUACCCCGUCACGCCGCGGUUCUACGACCUGCUCGUCCGCCUCAAGAGCGACGCCGGGGCCAUCUCGCACGUCGACGUCGCCCUCGUCGCCGCCUCCUACCUCGGCCACCUCGCCUCCACGGCGGCCAUCGUCGACGCCGCCUCGUCGGCCUGCGCCGGCAGGCACCUGCCGGUGCAGGGGCUGCUCCUGAAGCUGGCCGCGUCGUGGAAGGGGCCCCUGGUGACCGGCCUCUACUCCACCCUCCUCUCCGUCGGCUACACCGCGCUGUCGGUCUCCCUCAUCGCCGUCCCGGUCCUGAACAUGUUCGCCGCAGGGGGCGAGCCGUCGUCCCGGCUCGCCAUCGUCGUCGCCGCGGGGGUCGCCGCCGCGGCGCGGCUCUUGUACAUCUACCUGACCAUGGUGUGGGCAGUGGGGGUGGUGGUCUCGGUCCUGGAGGACGGCUGCCGCGGCCUAGAGGCGCUGCACAGGGCCGGCGAAGUGGUGAGAGGGAGGAGGGCGCAGGGGUUCCUGAUCGCGCUGGUGCUGACCAUCGGUGACGCCGUUGUCGGCUUCGAAGGAACCAGCGGCGGCAGCCGGAGGUGGAGGGACGUGUUCGGGUGCGCAGUGCACCUCCUGCUCAAGACGUUCGCGCCCAUGGUGUACACCGUGUUCUACCACGAGUGCAAGAGGAGCCAUGGCGAUGGUGCACCGCAGGAGCUGCCGCGUCACACGAAGGUGGACCAUCACCAUACAAGUAUUGAGGGCGUGGUUUGAAGUUGAGUAAGUAAAAAAAAAAGUCAGAACGAGAGAAUUUUACAUUACUACGUGAAAAACAGAUAAAUUAGAUAUUACAUAAGUGACGGGUCGUAAUAUGAUCUGUCACUUAAUAAAAAUGAUGAGUCGUAGUUGUAACCCG